CUUCCUCUCGCGAUAGUAGCAUGCUUAUGCAGCCGCCAUAUUCUGUGACAGUAUUUUGAUUCGUAUCUGCUGGAAGUGAGGAAAAAGAGAAAAGUGAAGGGCUGUCGAGGGGAGGGGGGGCUGAAGAAGAGGAGCUGUCAAAAAGGUAUUCCCGAGUCUCUGCUGAGGCUCGGUAUCCCUCCACACAAGGCCCAGGGCCUCGGUUCACUUGGCUCUCCGUCUCCCUGAUAGUAGCUGGACCCCUCUCGGCUUCUACUUUCCGAGCUCCGCGGCCCUCUGGAGGUCCGGCGGCGGUCUCGGGUGUUGUUAGGCGGCCCGGGGAGCGGCGGCGGCGGCGGAGACAGAAAGAUGAUGUUCAAGAUGAAGGCUGCUUACUGCCACAACUGACACCCGAAGUGAACUGAAGACAAAAAGAAAGCAGUCCUCACCUGGCAACAUACGAAUGGCCCAGGGAAGCCACCAGAUUGACAUUCAGGUUUUGCAAGACCUGCGCCAGAAGUUCCCUGAAGUCCCAGAGGGUGUUGUCUCCCAGUGUGUUCUACAGAACAAAAACAAUUUGGACGCCUGCUGUGAAUACUUGUCCAAGGUCAGUCCCGGCUACCUGUACAGUGAAGAAGGAAACCUCAGCUUUUCCGACGACCCCAGCUACACCCGACUCCGUAAUCACAUGACCCAGCUUAACCUGGGCCUGCAGUCUCAGAAUGUGCAUGCGGCCCCGGUUCGGGACAGCCUGAGAAUGAACGGCAGUCGGACUCUUGCCCAUAGCCUGAGUGACGGGCCCCUCCAGACGAGCCAGGCCCCCAACAGUGACUUCUUUCAGCAGGAGCCCCAGUCCGCCCCUGUGCAGGUGCCCUCCAGCCUCAAUGUUUUUGGUGUGAUGGAGCCCACACGCAAACCGCAGCCUCCACAGCACCUUGGACUCUACCCUUUGGGAGUCAAAGGGCCGACUAUGGGUGUCCAGCAGACUCCUCGCUUCAAUCCAAUCACCGUCACGCUAGCCCCCAAUAUCCAGACAGGCCGCAACACCCCCACAUCUUUGCACAUACAUGGUGGGCCGCAGUCGGGCCUCAGCAGUCCACAGGGUAACUCUAUCUACAUCAGGCCCUACGUUAGCCAGUCCGGUACCAACCGGCAGAACCAGCAGCAGGGAGGCAGGGCCCAGUACAGCCCCACUUCUCAGCCCCAGCAACAGAUCUACCAGAUCUCACACCCCGGCUCCUGGUCCGGCCCUCAGCACGCCUCCUCUUCACAUACCUCACAGACCCAGGGCCACCAGACCUCUCAUGUCUACAUGCCAAUCAGCUCCCCCACAAACCCCCAGGCGCCGUCUUUUCUUCCAACUGGAAGCCAGGCCUCUUCCUCUGGUGUCUCCUCCUGCUCUUCUUCAUCUUCCUCCUCCUCCGUCAUGCCCACCUCCCUCUCCACCAUCAGCCAGUACAACAUUCAGAACAUCUCCACAGGCCCGCGGAAGAAUCAGAUAGAGAUCAAACUUGAAUCUCCUCAGAGGAGCAACUCAACAACCACGACGGCCGUGCUGCGGACCAGCGGUGGGCCCCGGUCCUCCUCAACUUCAUCAUCCUGCCCUUCCUCUUCCUCAUCUUCAACUGGUGUGGCUACUGUCCCCACCGCUCCUCUUUCCAUUGGAUGCCCGGGUCUGAGCCGCAGCCAGCCCACUGUUUACAUUUCUGCCAGCCCGCCUACUGCUGCUACCACCCCCUCUGAGGAGGCCGUCAUGGCCUCAGCCGGCUCCCGCUCCCAGCCAAAGUUUUACAUUUCAGCCAACGCCUCCAGUGAUGACAGUGGGGGCAGGAACCCCCCCACAGUCUACAUCUCAGCCAACACUCCUUUGCAGGGGCCUUCGGGGGCCAGGAACCUGGGGGGCCAAGUGAGCAUGGGCCCUGCCUACAUCCACCACCAUCCUCCUAAGUCCCGUGCGUCUGUGGGAGGAGGAGGCACAGCAUCAUCGCCUCGCGUGGUUGUGACUCAGCCCAACACCAAAUACACUUUUAAAAUCACAGUGUCCCCCAAUAAGCCCCCAGCUGUGUCCCCCGGGGUGGUGUCCCCUACAUUUGAGCCCAACAACCUCCUCAGUAUACCCUCAGACCACCACUAUGUGGAGCCAGACCCCCUUCACCUCUCAGACCCGCUGUCUCCGCACAGGGAGAAGCCGAGUGAGUCUCGCAGACUCAGCAUGGGCUCUGAUGAUGCAGCGUACACACAAGCGUUGUUGGUCCACCAGAAGGCCCGCAUGGACAGGCUGUGGCACGAGCUGGAGCUGAAGAAGAAGAAGCUUGAGAAGCUAAAAGAGGAGGUCAACGAGAUGGAGAACGACCUGACUAGGAGACGGCUAGAGAGAUCCAACUCGGCCUCCCAAAUUCCUUCUAUCGAGGAAAUGAAGCAGUUGCGAUGCCAAAACCGGUUACUGCAGAUCGACAUCGACUGUCUCACCAAAGAAAUUGAUCUCAUUCAAACAAGAGGACCACACUUUAAUCCCAGUGCAAUCCAUAAUUUUUAUGACAACAUUGGAUUCCUUGGUCCUGUCCCACCCAAACCCAAAGGUACUUUAUCCGUUGACAGGAGAGGAAGCAGAUAUAAUGUGACCUCUGAGCUCAUGAUGGAGCCUCCUUCUACUCCUUCCCCUACUCCCCCUCUUGACGUGGGCCAGGAGGAGGACGAGGGGACGCAGUGGAGCUGCACGGCCUGCACCUUCCUCAACCAUCCCGCCCUCAACCGCUGUGAACAGUGCGAGUUCCCGCGGCACUUCUGAGCCUGCGAGGCGCCUGGGAAAACGACCGCCCCCCCCCCCGUCUUUGACCGCCCAUCUCCAAGCAGACUCAGCAGAAUGGAGGGUCCUCUCUCUGUUCCUUUGUUUCCCGUCUUGUUGUAUGAAAACUCAAGUUGGGCGUGGUCUUCUCGGUUUUUGUUUUUCUUCUUCUCGUCCUCUCUAAGGUUUGUAGAACGCCGUCCACUGAAGGCUCAACUGGAUGGUGUUUACAGCUCGUGUUUUUUUUAAAUCAGGCUGGCAGAGUCGGAUGAUACCUCACCUUAGAGACUUGGAUUGUGUGGGGUCACCUCUCCUCUUUUCUGCUUGAUGGGUGACUGUUUUUUUUAACCCCUGGUGAUACCUCGCUGCUCCCACUUCCAGUAUUAUGAGUGUGGCCUUGCAGUUUGACGGCACACAGAGACACACACAAACAUACACACACACACACACACACACACACACACACACACACACACACACACACACACACACACACACACACACACACACACACACAGGUGCCUUUUGCUGAUUUAAAUGUUGUUUUUUUUCUUCCUGUGUGGUGGCAUGACUUUGGAAUUGGGAACUGUGUUCAGCCACUGCUCGCCAUCUGAAGGGAAAACUAACAGACUAAUCGUGGACUCUUCAAGUUUGUUUGCUGUUUUAACAGGAUGCCAAAGGGGGAACUGGCAGUGUCGCUGCCUCUCAAACGUGCCUCAUGUCCUCCCCCUCCCUUUUCCUGUCUCUCCGAUCACGAGUAAACGAAAAAAAAGAAACUUAAGUUGCAUGCUUUGUGUACAGUGCACGGAGGCAGAAACUCCCCUGGAGCUUUUUACUGUACAUACUUUUAGACCGUGCCCUGAAAGCCUUUUUUUCCUCACACUAUGAAUCACUUGUAUUUCUGUAAGUAUAGCUUUAUAGACUUUAUUAACUUUUUUUUUUUCUUGUUUUGUUUUCCUCUUUCGAAACGAAUAAGCACCGUGCUCCCUUUAAAAAAAGAAAAAAAAGAAAGGAAAAAAAAAAGCUUUUUACUUGAUUUCUGUGAGAGUUGAAGCCUUGCAGAAGGAGAGGAGCGGAGAACUUUGCAGUCAUCAUGAAGCUACAUCUGCACGGUCUGGUCAGUGUGUACGAUCUGCAGAAGAGGCGGCAAGGCCACGCAAGAGUCUUGUUUUGUUCUGGGUGCCAAACAUGUCAGGACCGUCAUGCAAAGAAAAAAAGUAAAUUACAAACUGCCGUCGUAUCUGACAACUGGAAUGUAGGUUUCAAAUGUUUGGGGACAACUUCACCUCCGUGCAAAGAGACUCUGCUUCAUCAGGACAAUCAGGACGCUGCUGCAGAUUGUCGCUGAGCACCUGAACCGCCUUCUGUGAGGUACCAAAGAGGAAAAUAAUCAUAUGGGUCCCUUGCCUUUGAGUAGAGCAGGUCCGAACUGUUACGUCAGUGAAACAAACACAACAUGACUGUCCACCUUGUAUACUCUUCUAUUUGUAUUUGGCUGGUUUCAUCCUCCUAAGCUUUAACUGAUGAGGGUGUUUCUAAAGUUUACCUAUUGUCAUGUACUUUCUUUAACUGUGGAGUAGUUACUUUCUUUUCUUUGUUUUUUUUUUUCCACAUUUGUGAAAUGCUGCCUUGCGUCAAUGCCUUAAGAACGAUUGAAUUUGUAUUGAUUAUCACCUCUGUCACACCCAAGUGCCUUUUUUUUAUUUUUAACCCCCCCCGAAACCUAACUCUUGUUUCCGACCCGUUUCAAAGUAUAAGAUGAAUUAUCAUCUCUUAAGCACUUACGCCAAACUUUCUCUCUUCCUCUCUUCAAACCAAAGAUCCCCGUUUUCAGCGUCAUCAGCACGUCGGUGUGAAGAGGCAGUUUAUUAUGUUUUAUUCAAAGGAAAAAAAUAAUUUGGAUCUAAAGUGUUUUUUUGAUUUUAGCUGGGAAAACUGUCUUUGUAACAGAUAAGUUAUUUGUAAAAAUAAUAAAAAAAAAUCUAUUCUGA